UUAACUUAGCAAAUACAAAUUUUAUUUAGCAAAAAUCAACUUAGCAUUUAUAUUUUUUAACUUAGCACUUAAAUAGAUGCCCUUAUUAUAUUUCAUUUAUUUUUGUUUAAAUAGAUUUUAGUUUAAAUGAAACAACAGCAAAUGAAGAGGAUAAUAAACAGAUAACAAUUGUUGGUCCAAUAACAAUUUUACCUCGAAUUUCUAAUCAAUAAAUCAUCAGUGACUUCGAUAAAGCUCAACAUAAAUCAUGUUCUUUUAUUCGUUUGUUCUUUUCUUUCAACAAAAAAUAUUUAUUCACAAGUUUCUUUUUUGGCUUAAUUUAGGAAGGUGACGAUCAACCUCGAUCAUCUGUUAUAGAUAAUUCUUUUUCACUUCCACUUUCACAAUCAUCAACUAAAGUUUUAUCUUCACUAGCACUUGGAAAUCCUGAUAGAUCUUGUGCAACAAUUAAAACAAAUGAUUCAAAUAAGCCAACUUCUGCAACGAACAAUAAACAAAAUGUAUCAAAUUCAAGACGAUCAGGUCUUCAAUGUGCCAAUUGUCAAACACAAACUACAACUUUAUGGAGACGAAAUAAUGAUGGUGAUCCUGUUUGUAAUGCAUGUGGUUUAUAUUAUAAACUUCAUCAUAUUUAA